AUGGCGCCACUGUUGGUCCCGUCGCAAUGUGGAUUCCACAUUCAAAGACGCAAGCUAGCCCGCUUACUUCAACAGUCAACUUCGUAUCAUGUUUGGAACUAUAAUGACAAGAAGUCUGGCACUAAACUGAAGCAACAGCAUACAUACCAGGUACCUAUCCUGCAUCAGUUAAGGGCAUCAUCAUGGGGUGUCAGCAGAAGCCAAAACAAUCGACAGUUGCUGGAAGCAGUAAAGCAUUUGCAGAUAACAGACAAGAGAACAUGUUGGCAUGGGCACGCUGGAGGGGGUCUGAGCGCCGACCCCAAAAACGUGCUAAAGGAAGUGAAUUCUGCAAAGAUCCUCUCAGCGAUGUUAUCGUAUGUGUGGCCGAAAGAUCGACCGGAUCUGCGUGCCCGUGUGGCGAUUUCUCUGGGCCUGCUGGCUGGAGCCAAGAUCACGAACGUGAUGGUGCCCUUCAUGUUUAAAUAUGCAGUGGACGGCCUGAACCAGAUGUCGGGACACAUGUUGAACCUGAACGACGCGCCAAACACGGUGGCUACCAUGGCAACGGCAGUGCUGAUUGGCUACGGCGUGUCCAGAGCCGGAGCGGCGCUCUUUAACGAGCUGAGGAACGCUGUUUUCGGGAAGGUGGCUCAGAGCUCCAUACGGAGAAUUGCCAAAAACGUCUUCCUACAUCUGCACAACCUGGACCUGGGUUUCCACCUGAGCCGGCAGACGGGCGCCCUGUCCAAAGCCAUUGACCGGGGCACGCGUGGCAUCAGCUUCGUGCUCAGCGCCCUGGUCUUCAACCUGGGGCCCACCUUCUUUGAGAUGGCACUUGUCAGCGGGAUUCUGUAUUAUAAAUGUGGAGGACAGUUUGCCCUGGUCACUCUGGGAACCCUGUCAGCGUACAGUGCCUUCACCAUCGCAGUCACGCAGUGGAGGACCCGGUUUAGGAUUGAAAUGAACAAAGCAGACAACGAGGCAGGAAACGCUGCCAUUGACUCACUCCUCAAUUAUGAGACCGUUAAGUACUUCAACAAUGAGAAGUACGAGGCAGACAGGUAUGACGGUUUUCUGAAGGUGUAUGAAUCCUCCUCUCUGAAGACCACCUCCACCCUGGCCAUGCUUAAUUUCGGACAGAGCGCCAUCUUCAGCGUGGGACUCACCGCCAUCAUGGUUCUCGCCAGCAAAGGCAUUAUGGCAGGCACAAUGACGGUGGGGGAUUUGGUGAUGGUCAACGGACUCCUUUUCCAACUCUCUCUGCCGUUAAACUUCCUGGGCACCGUGUACAGAGAGACACGACAGGCCCUAAUCGACAUGAACACACUGUUCACAUUACUCAGCGUGGACUCCAAGAUCAAGGAGAAAGAUCUGGCCCCCCCGCUGGUUGUCACUCCUCAGGAUGCGAGCAUCAGGUUUGAGGACGUGUAUUUCGAGUACCUGGAGGGACAGAAGGUUCUGAACGGACUGUCGUUUGAGGUGCCUGCGGGGAAGAAGGUGGCCAUCGUGGGAGGCAGCGGAUCGGGGAAGAGCACGGUUGUAAGGAUGCUGUUUCGCUUCUAUGAGCCUCAUAAGGGAAAUAUCUACAUUGCCGGUCAGAAUAUCCGAGAUGUGAGUUUGGAAAGUCUGAGGAGAGCCAUAGGUGUCGUCCCUCAGGAUGCUGUCCUCUUCCACAACACGAUCUUCUACAACCUGCAGUACGGGAAGAUCAACGCCACGCCAGAGGAGGUGUACAGGGUGGCCAAGCUGGCGGGCAUCCACGACGCCAUUCUGAGAAUGCCCCAUGGCUACGACACACAAGUCGGCGAACGAGGCCUCAAACUGUCAGGAGGAGAGAAGCAGCGGGUUGCCAUUGCCCGGGCCGUUCUGAAGAAUCCUCCCAUCCUGUUGUACGAUGAGGCCACCUCCUCCUUGGACUCCAUCACUGAGGAGAACAUUCUGAGUUCCAUGAAGGAGAUGGUGAAGGACAGGACGUCUGUGUUCAUCGCUCACAGACUGUCCACCAUCGUGGACGCCGAUGAGAUACUGGUUCUGAAUGAGGGGAGGGUCGCUGAGCGAGGCGAUCACGACACACUCUUAAACACGCCUGGCAGUCUCUACGCCGACCUGUGGAAAGCGCAGAACAGCAAGGUCCUCAACACCAACAGCAAAGCGGCGCCUGCUCCCCCGAUCCUCUCCCAGAAGGAGACGGAGCGUAAGAAACUGCAGGAGGAGAUCCUGAACAGCGUGAAGGGCUGCGGGAACUGCUCCUGCUGAGACUCGCUGCUCCCCAAACCACCCCCCCCCCUUGCCACCGCACCUCCAUAGUGCUCCCUGCUCCUCUGUGGAGGCCGAGUCUGGAAAGAGGAGAGGAACUUAGACGGCGCCCUCCCUUUUGCCAGGCCCUGUCCCCUGGACCACCCCGCCUCAGCCUUCCAACAGAGCCCGAGUCCAGGGCCGGCGGUGGGCGAGGGGGGGGCGCUGUGGAUUCUGUCUGCUAAUGGCCACUAGGCCGGCCGGCCCACGCCGGGGUUUUUUGAUGUCUUCGUCCCCGGAGACGGUCGGACUCUAACAUCAGGUGCUUGGUGUGGGUUCAGUAGCUCUCUGCUCAGCUCACACACACUGAUUAAGACAGUGGCCCGUCAUGUCAACACAUUAUGAAUGAACCUCUUUUUAAAUUAUUUUUCCAUGUCAUGAGGAAGUCAUAUAUAGCUGUUUUUAUUGAAGACAUGUACAUAGUACAGUACCACGGUGAGGGCACAGCAGCAGAAAUGUAUUUGUGAAUAGGAGUAUAAUGCCUAAGGUAUAUUUGUGGGACGCAAAGACCCUGUUGAAUGUUUGCUGUUAUGGUUGGUCUCAACACACAUAAUCUCAAAACACUGUCAUCAGGCCCGGGGCAUUAAACCCCAAAUCUCAAUGUUAACGUAGAAUAAUUGUGGUUAUGCAGAACAUUAUUAUUAACUUAAUCGCAAUAAUAAUAAUCACAAAUGUUGAAUUAUUCUGCAAUUGUUGUUUUUUUUGUUUUUUUUUUUUGUCGUUGUUGUUUCGGAAGAAUAUUCAAGUCACUUUAACUACAUACGUGAAAGAAGCAAAACGACACAGUGAGCGUGAAUAUGUAAUCUCCCAUGAAUUAUGCCAAAAAUGACUGAAGUGAAUUGGACUGUGAGACAGUUGGCCCUUGAUAAAAAAAAAAAAUUGUACAUGAAAAUAUGAUUGG